CCGAUCACAUGAUUAAAAUUGACGCUAUCAUAAUUUAUAUAUCAGCAUUAUGCGUGAGACGCGAAUGAGACGAUUUCUGCUCUGACUCUGCAAUUUAAUAACACAGGACGUUUAAUUAAAAAAUGGUUAGUCACUUCGGAGAAGUAAUAUUUCCAUCAUCACGAGCAUUUUGGGAUGACGAAGAUGAAUACGAACCAACUGAUAAUACAGAACAUUCUCUGGAAUUAUACGUUCGCUGGUUGAAAGAUAAACCAGAAUGUAUACAAAAGUUCAUUGUAAUAGAAGGAGAUCCAUUAAUUCCAUUUGUGGAACAAUGUUUAUGUCCCAAAAUGGAAGAAGUAUGUAUCAUAGAAAAUGAAAAUCAUAAAAAAGUUUCAGUUAUUUAUCAUAUUGACAAACAAAUAUAUGUGUGUGUAAUUUUACCACUGUUUGAUACAAAAAAUGCUGGAAAAUUUGUAAAUCAGAUAUAUGACUUGUUACUAAGUUCAGAAAACAUAAUUUCAAUAUUGUGUUGUCAUAUAUCGCAAUUUCAAAGUACGAGCGUCCCAGAUUCUGCUUCAUUUUUAAGAAUAUUGGCUACUAAAACGGUGAAUGUUUCAAAAUGUGGAAUUGAGCCAUUGGAACAACCAAAUAUUGUAUUUGGAGUAGGUGCAGGAGUCUUGUCUUAUGCUGAACUUAUUGGCAAACCAGCUAAGUUAUAUAUAUUGUAUAUCGACAGUUUUGUGUUAGAUUCCAAAUGUGCAGAACCAAUUUUACAAGUUUUAACUGAUGAAAUACCUUGUAAAUUACAACCCAAAUUCAAGGAAAAGCCUUUUAGUAAAGGCAAUCUUUACAUGUGAAAUAUUCUAAUUCAUUCUUCCUUUUAUCGAUCAAUAUCUGAAUCAAUCAAGUAUAAAUCAAAUGCUAAUUCUUUUUGUUUUGUCAUAUAUUAAUAGUUAUGUGGAGAAAGAAAAAAGUUAAGAACUGUCGUUUCAUUUAUAGUACAAAAAAAAGUUUAUACAAUUAUAUGCUGUUGAUAACAUCGCAAAUAUACAAUACACACAUACUCAAAAUUUACAAUUAAAUUGGUAAUGUCUUGGAUAA